AGGCGCAGGACCCUAACGAUGGAACGAUUUUAGGAGAUAACGACGUGCUCCCCCCGUCGGAGAUAACAACACAGCGGUCAUCUAGAUGACCGAAGAAAAGAAGAACGGCCGCCAGAGACGCAAGCGUAGCAAUCAUGCAAUUUAAAUACCGACGAAUUUAAGCAACCGCUCCACCUUCAAGGUUACACCGCCUGAAGACGCUUCGAACAUCCUCCUCCUCCUCCUCCUCCUCCUCAUCCUCCUCCUCCUCCAACACCACCACCUCUUGUCGCAGAUCAGCUGUCGCACGCCGGUCGAUCGUCACCGGUAUACCGACCAUGUCCAUAGAAGAGCAGGGCUACCCCGGCACGAUGCGGUCGCUGAAGGCCGCGCCGGAGUGGGUGCGGGCGGAGAUCGAGCGCCUCUCCCGGGAGCUGAGCGACACCACGAAGGAGAAGAUCCAGGCGGCGGAGUACGGACUGGCGGUGCUGGAGGAGAAGCAGCAGCUCAAACAGCAGUACGACGACCUGGAGGUCGAGUACGAGGCCGUCCGGCAGGAGCUGGACCAGCUCAAAGAGGCCUUCGGACAAGCCUACUCCAACCACAGGAAGGUGGCGGCGGACGGGGAGAGCCGCGAGGAGUGUCUCAUCCAGGAGUCGGCCUGUAAGGAGGCCUACUACGAGCAGAGGGUCCUGGAGCUGCAGACCGAGCUCCGCCAGGCGCGCAACAUCCUCACCAACACCCAGUCCGAGAACGAGCGCCUGAACACCAUCACCCAGGAGAUGAGAGAGAACAGCCAGAUGGUGGAGCUCCAGAGGAAUCAGCUGCGCGACGACAUCAAGGAGUACAAGUUCCGGGACGCUCGCCUGCUGCAGGACUACACGGAGCUGGAGGAGGAGAACAUCUCGCUGCAGAAGCAGGUGUCGGCGCUCAAGCAGAGCCAGGUGGAGUUUGAGGGUUUGAAGCACGAGAUCCGCCGCCUGGAGGAGGACACCCAGUUCCUCAACAGCCAGCUGGAGGACGCCAUCCGCCUGAAGGAGAUCGCCGAGCGGCAGCUGGGCGAGGCCCUGGAGGCCAUCAAGACGGAGCGCGAGCUGAAGGCGUCGCUGAGGAAGGAGCUCUCGCACUACAUGAGCAUCGGAGACACGCUCUGCCACAGCCCCCUCAGCAUCUCUCUGGACGGACUCAAGUUCGGCGGCGACGACGGCGGCGAGCCCAACAACGACGACGCCCUCCACGGAUACGAGGGCGGCUUCGCCAAGCUGGCCGACGCCAUCGCCGGCGACAACAACCACCGCAUCGGCCCCGCCGCGCCCGAGAAGGGCGAGCCGUUCCAGCCGGCGCCCGGCCUCGUGGACGACCUGCUGAGCGAACUCAACAUCUCUGAGAUCCAAAAGCUCAAACAGCAGCUGAUGCAGAUGGAGCGCGAGAAGGUCAACCUGCUGUCCACCCUGCAGGACUCCCAGAAGCAGCUGGAGCAGGCCAACGGCGCUCUGUCCGAGCACCAGGAGAACGUCAGCCGGCUCACGGAGAACCUCAGCGCCGUCCGCAAGCUGCACGCCAGCAAGGAGCGCCAGUCGGCCCUGGACAACGAGAAGGAGCGCGACAGCAACGAGGACUCCGACUACUACGAGGUGGACAUCAACGGGCCGGAGAUCCUGGAGUGCAAGUACAAGGUCGCCGUGUCGGAAGCAGGAGAGCUGAAGGAGGAGCUGAAGACUCUGAAGACGGAGUACCAGGCCUGCCAGUCGCGGUACGAGGAGGUGCGCAGCCGCCUGGAGAUCGACGUCACGGCGCUGGAAGGGAAGCUGGCGACGCUGGAGAAGAGCAGCCACACGGACCGCGCCCAGAAGGCCGAGCUGGAGAAGGAAGUGCGCAAGCUGAGCGACGUGGCCGGCGAGUCCCAGGGCAGCCUGAGCGUGGCGCAGGACGAGCUGGUGACCUUCAGCGAGGAGCUGGCCACGCUCUACAACCACGUGUGCAUGUGCAACAACGUGACGCCCAACCGCGUCAUGCUCGACUUCUACAAGGAGGGCAAAGGCGGCCGCAGCAGCCCCGAGGGCCGGGGCCGCCGCUCCCCGCUCCUGCUCACCAAGGGCCUCUUCGCCGAGGCGGGCGACUUGGCGGGGGCGGGGUCCCCGCUGCCGUCCCCCGGCUCGGAGCACCGCCGCGAGCCCAUGAACAUCUACAACCUGGUGGCCAUCAUCCGGGACCAGAUCAAGCACCUGCAGCUGGCGGUGGACCGCAGCACGGAGCUGUCGCGGCAGCGCGUGGCGUCCCUGGAGCUCGGCGCCGUGGCCGACAAGGACAAGGACGCCUGCAUGGAGGAGAUCCUCAAGCUGAAGUCGCUGCUGAGCACCAAGCGGGAGCAGAUCGCCACGCUGCGCACCGUCCUCAAGGCCAACAAGCAGACGGCCGAGGUGGCGCUGGCCAAUCUGAAGAGCAAGUACGAGAACGAGAAGGCCCUGGUGACCGAGACGGUGAUGAAGCUGAGGAACGAGCUCAAGGCCCUGAGGGAGGACGCCGCCACCUUCUCCUCCCUCCGAGCCAUGUUCGCCACACGGUGCGACGAGUACGUGACCCAGCUGGACGCGAUGCAGAGGCAGCUGGUGGCGGCGGAGGACGAGAAGAAGACCCUCAACUCCCUGCUGCGCAUGGCCAUCCAGCAGAAGCUGGCGCUGACUCAGCGCCUGGAGGACCUGGAGUUCGACCACGAGCAGAUCCGCCGGGGGGGCGUCGCCAGCCGGGUCAAGGCCCGCAGCAAGGCCACCAGCGCCGCCGCCGCCGCCGCCUCCGCCUCCACCACCCACGUAAGUCAGAGUCUCACCUGCUCUGGCACCGGCCGGCCGGAGCUCCACAGCGCCAUGCCCAACGGCAUUCUGGGAGGCCCGCCGGCCUUUUGCAGCGAGAAGUACAAGAUCUACUGUGACUGAGGGGCGGCGAGGCAAGAAGUCCACAAGGUUAAAGAGCCCCGCCCCCUGCUGUGCGACUCACCGGCUGUGUGUGUGUGCGAUGUGUGUACCGUGUGCACCCGACGUUUGGACUGUGGUAGACAUCUAUGGCAUGUGGAUUAUAGCCCCCCCCCCCCCGGUUAUAUAGGGGGGUGGGGGUGUUGUGGGUAUAACGGUGUGUGUGUGUGUGUCUAUUCUCUCCUCUGUCAUCGUGCUGUUCGUAUGACGCGUGAGGUGGCAGCUUCUGUGUGCUCGUCUGUGCCCCCCCCCCCGUCUGAGUGUGUAAGAGUGCACACAUCGCCGUUGGGGGGGCGGGACUUCGAUGUCGAUCUGACUGUUUUGUGCUCCUUUAAUAAAAAGCCCCCCCCCCCUCUUCCUCCUCCUCCGCCCUGGACCCCAGCCGCUCACCCAAUCAGGUCGCUCUCGAAGGAACGAUGAACUUUAAACGUAAAAAUAUGCAACCUCCCUCUGAGGGGGGAGCGCGGUGGGACCCCGCACGGAAAUUAAUCACAAAGUGUGUGUUUGCGACUGGUUUUCUAACGGCGAGGGGAGGAGCACCUUGUGACCACAGGUGUGUCGUGAAGCCGCGCGGCUUUGCGGCUUUUUCAAACCUUUUGUUUCCGUUUUAAUAAACGGCGUCUUCAUGUCGUCUGUAUGCGGCUCAGGACGACCUCCUGGACUCCAGGGGGCUCUACGUGGUGGAAAGGGGGAGUUAUUUGGUGAAACGCAGGAGUGAUAUUCCACGUUAUAUAUAUAUAUAUUUAUAUAUAUAUAUAUUUAUAUAUAUUGGUCACUGUGAACAGAGAUACAAUAUAGUUUUGAUUCGCAGACGAGUUUUAAUCCUAGAAGAGCACAAAUCCAGACGGAAAGGAGCGAGGCCCCGACGACGUCCGCAAACAGGGGGGAAAAGAAAAAAACUACCGAUCGAUCUAUCUGCUGAUGUAAAGCCCCCCCCCUCGCCCCCCCCUCUCCCUCGCCCCCUCCUCCAAAUCCCCACAUCCUGUCUUCUCGCUCUAUUUUUAGAAAGAUCGACCCUAGCUCUCAAGCCUGGCUCAAGAGAGGCCUCCCCCUGUGGCUCGUCGCCGCUAGAUGACCCCCCCCCCCCCCUUACCAAGCAUCACCACUCACCCUUUAACUAGAGCGAGGAAUCAUGGGGGAAGUUCCCGAUAUUUGCCUCCGUGUGUGUGUGUGUGUGUGAGCAUCUCCGUGACGGGCCCUCGUGUGUGUAUAGCGGUUUUUCACCUUUGCAAAUCGCGGGUCCGUCGGACGGCGCGGGCGACUCUGUGUUUUUGUACCCGCAGCUUUAACCCUUUGCAAGAGGAGCUCUCAGUACGUGGAGCUCGUGUUUUUUAAGGAGUCCACGUUUAGCUUUAUGGUGCCAAAAGCAGGGUUGAUGAGCAGAUCCUGCAAGAUUGAUCAAAUUCUGCGUUUUUUUUCUACGAUGCUAUAUAUUUAAAAACUACAACAAAUCUAUAUUCUUAAUAAGAUCGUGUUCAGGUUGUAAUCUUGCAGGAUCCCACAAACCAGUGUCGCUCCCUCAGGGGAGACCGAGAAUUCGGCUGAGUCAACCCUGCUUGAGCGAGCGCCUCCUUCUUUUAGAGGUCAGUCCCUCUUUUACAAGUGCGAUACAUUGUUUUAUAUAUCGGUCAGAGAGGAGAAAAGGAAGCCAGACAUGCUGGUGGAGGAAGCCAGGUGUCUGGCUGAGGGAGGGAGAGAAACAGAAGAAUCCAGGGAGAAACUCCUGGUAAUCUUUGGAGGAAAAAUGUUAAUGAAUUAGUCGAGCCUCUAGCCCCUCCCACAGGGUGGGAUUGGGACUAGAACCCCCCCCCCCCCCCCCUGUCUCCUUCUUAAAGAUGAAAUCCUCACGUCUAGUUUAAAAAAGUAAACUGGCUCAUCUGCUGUCCUAUAAAGCUCCUCCUACCUCUGCCUGCAGGCUCCUCCCACAUCACCUUUUUUAAAUGAAAAAUCGGAUGUUCUACACGAUGCAUCCGGUUUCUCACGCACGUCGACCCCGUCCUCCAUUAACCUGCACGGCCCGUGUGGAAACGAGACCUCUUUUUGGUGACCCCCCCUGGUGGUGGGACAAAGGCUUCAAGGACUCGAGGCCUUCCGAACCUCCUAGCCCCGCCUCCUUUUGACUAACUCGGCCGCCUCGUCGCUCUAAAAUUGACAAAUGAUGCUGAUCUGUUUUGUUUUUCUUGGUUCUUUACAUGUAGGGCGACGAGGUGCCGACGCGAGGCUCCUUCUCACCGAAAAAAGAGUUUGCACUAAUUUGGACUCGAGGACAAAAAAAGAAACGCUAAAUAAAAACAAACAGAAAACACUGAUUUCGAGAUAAAGUGCUGCUGCUGGAAGCCGACGGGUCCAAUGAGCCGUGCAGUAAUAUGUGAGUUAUAACCCUCCAAUGAGAAGCCAGGGGGGACCCGGGGUCUGGUUUCAUCUUUUUGUCUAUUAUUUAAAUUUUUUAAUCUGUGCACUUUUAUGAAAUAGGAUUAUAACAGACUAUUAUUAACCUGUAGGGAAGCGUAGCAGUUCUCUGGUUUGUGAGUAAUCCAGCGUACGGUUCUAGAAACUAUACGACGUCUGAAAGGGCUCCGCAGACCCUAGACCUGCUAGUAAGACUUGAUCCUCCAGACUUUAUCCAUCGAAUAAUCACGUCUCCGGUUGUUUUGUCACACCGUACGUUCAGCUGUCGUUGUUUUUUUUGUUCUGAGCGGGGGGAAAAAGAAAGAAAAAAAAUCCAAAUUCUGGUUUUUUUUUCUUCAUGUAUUUAUUAUUCCUAGGAAUAGUUUUGAAAAUAACACAAUGAAACUUGACAAACGCUCCGACCCACGUAGGUAAGUUGUGUUUCGGGGGGGGGGGGUAUUCGAGUGGUAUGAUAUGCUUUUUUUCCUCACUUCUUCCCGAGGGCGUUCCACUGACGCGGGAUCACUGGCCGCCAGAAAUUCUCUGCAAAGUGGCGACAAUAAAAAUUCCAAAUUGGAAUUGUCUCGUUCUCUCUCGGUUUUCAUAUCGUGCCAAAUCCCGGCGCAGCGUUGAAAAGAAACGGAGACCGACCGCAGGAUUUUCAUUUUUUGGUGUUUGUUUAAUUCUUUGUUUCCUGACCAGUAGUGCCUUUCAUUGUUUCAAGAGAGAAUCUUAGACUAGUAUUUAAUGUUUUACCUGAUUUAUUCUUUUAUUUAAUUUAAUUUUUUCAGGUUUUAAAAUGACUGUGAGCAGCAAUAAGUGCAACAAAAAAAGGGGGGAUUUCCCCCGAGUGAGGUCGUGAGAGGAAUUAGCUCAAUACAACUUGACAUUGUGUUGAAUUCUGCAGGUCAGUGAUCCCACUCAUUUAAAUUCAGGGGUAUUAAGAAACGGUUUGUUUUUUAUUAUAGCAAACUUAUGGGAACCAAAUGAAAUCCCGUUUGGCCUCCGGGCAUCGUUCAUGUUCUGGAGUCGAUUAUCGGAACCAUCCACGCAUCUUUAAUGGUGAAGGUAAUGUGACAUCGAUAGUAUUGUUUAAAAGAAAUGUGCCCAGAGCACUUUUUUUAUUUUUUUUAUUUUUUAAAACAUCUUUGAGCAUUAUGUUUUCAGGAAACAGAAAACAAAAAAUAAGCAUCAACAAGCUCGAAUAGUGCCAUUUACAGCCAACGCUUGCUUGUUGAGGCGUUAAAAGUUAUCAAUGCGGACGGCGAGAGAGGAAAUAAUAAAAGUGCAAUUCAGGUAAAAGUUUAACAUUUUCAAUAAGAGGAAAAUAAACUGUUUUCUGACGACGUUUUCUGUUUGCUGGAAGCCAUAGCGUCGAGCUAACACACCUUUAUAUCGUCAUCUUGUGUUUUCAGUAUUGAUCCAUAACGAGAGUUUGAUAUCUUUUUUUAUAUGAAAUAACGACGUCACCUGUGUGUCGGGUAUUUAUUUUGAAUUGUCAUGCAGUACUGUAUUCUUAUCAAUAACGUGCAUUGCGAUUUAGUGGCAUAUUGAUUACGGCUAAAUGUCCUAUGCAUGUUCCCCCGGUCAUGGGACCUUUACACAGGAAGGAAAACAAACGCGGGGACUUUUUGGGAACCGGGUGUUUUUGGGGGGGGAAAAAUGAACGAAGAGAAAACAAAAAGUAAAGUCUGAUGUAUUACUGCUGAACUAACCCAAUGAAAGUGUGUUGUUUGUUUUCUCGUCGAGGGGGCGGGACAUCUGUGUAAAGGUAGUCAUGCUGGCUGACAACAACAAAAAUUUGAAAAAAGAAAUUCAAUAAAUGUGACUUUGGUUCCAAGACCUC